AUGGAUGCUCAGUUCACGAGUAAGGCGUUACAUAAUCGCAUCAAUACCAAUGUCGCGCAGCUGUUGCAGCGGUUCGAGAAUAUCCUUGCGCCAGCGAGGACCGAAAAUACAGACAAUGCCUACACUGCCGUUGGAGUCUACAAUCUUGACGUAGAAGCAUCCGCAUUGACCCGCGCCGCGGAAGACAUCCUCUCAUUGACGCGGUCUAUGAAAGAAGCCUGGCUGUUCGAGAAACUGAACACUGUCGGAGAGGAUGAGCAUGACAUCAAGCGUAACAAGGAAUUGGAGGAGAAUGUGAAAUAUGUGGGCCAGGCACUAGAGGAGAGUCUGGCGUCGCAGUCUGAAGCCAAAAAUGCGAGUGGAAGUAGUACCAGUGGAACGAAUUGA